AAAAUGUAAAUAUUUUAUAAGUAAAAAAGUAAUCAUCAUAAUCAUCAACAUCUAGCAGUUAAAUGCUUAAAAUAAAAAUAUAAUAAACAGUAAAUGUACUAAAUAGAUAAUGUAAAUCUUUACCGGAUUAUUGAUUACUAGAAAAAAAUGCCACUAACACAGCUUUUUGGUGUACCAUUAUCAAUUCCAGGUUGUGUUUCUUGAAGCUGUAUAACGAAAAAAAAAAAUGAAAUCAAUGACUUACGUUAAAACAAUUUCUUGGUCACAUUGGCUAAGAACAGUUCAUCAAAACCCGUAAAUAUACCUAAAACAUAUACCAAAAAAGAAAAAGCAUUUCCCUGCUAGAUGUUGAUGAUUACUUUUUAACUUAUAAAAUAUACAUGUUCAAAGAAGGUAAAUAUUUUUAUUUCCCUUGUUUAUUUGGUGACCGUAUUUUAAACCACACGAUUCGGAGUCGGGGAAAAACCAGCGCGUGGGGACUAACUACUGCCAUCACGCUUACGCAGAAUGACGAAUGAAUGACAAAAAUAAUAGGUAGGAAUUCAUAGUGACGUGACGAAAAAUUAGUGAAAUGAAUGAAUACUAUAUGACUUAUAUUGUAGGACAGAGGACAUCAUUCUUGUAAUUCUUUGCAAAUAAUAUGCUUAAUACAUCAUCAUCAUUUUGGAUUAAGCGCACACUAGCGAAGCACUCGUUGAAUGCAUGGGAUUGAACUUUGCCGAAAGCUUGAAUCACUGAGUUUUUUCUAAUUAAUCACAAAUGAUAAAAUUAUUGACUUCUUAAACCACCGAGGAAAACAUUAUCAGGAAAACCAAUAACCUCAUUUCACUGAAAUCUAAUAAUUCGCUAUCCCCAUUAUAUUAAACAAGGAAUGGAUAAUCUUGGGUCAGUUACGCAAUGUUUUGUGACAAAAUACUGCGUUUGCUAUUAUUAAAGGUGUAAAAGCAAUUAAAUGAAGGCAGGGUAUCCGAUAAAAGACAGCAAACUCAGUUAGAGAGAUUUUUUGAACAGGAAUAUAAUUUGCAAAAAAUGAGUUCUAAAACUAUAAAUAAGCUUUCAGAUAGAUAUUUAUAAUUGAAACUUUUUGAUUUCUUUAUAAACAAAAUAUUUGUUUAUAAUGAAAUCAAAAAGUUUAAUGUUCAUUCAUCACGAACUGUUCAUUCAAAUAUCGUUCAUUCUUUUAUUGUCCCAUCCCUAACUUUUGUGUUGGUGUAAGCUCGAACAAUUGCAUAGUUACAUUAAAAUUGUUAGAGUGUGUGCGUUUUGUUGUUUAUGUGACGUUAUUUUUGACGUGUGCGUUUAUAGCUACAACACGCUCGUGUUUGUGGGAGUAUUAUUUUCGUUAGUAUGCUAUACGUGUGUACCUCGUCCCGCGCUGGUGGAAAAUUUUGAACGGCGAGUGAACGGUAUGGCAUCUCCAUUGGUCUAAGGCCGCCACUGAUCUUGCCGCCUCGUCGCCGCUAGGUAGUGUCAAUUAUAAUAAAGAAGCUAAAUCCAGCAGGUUUUUCAGUAAACGUUUUCUGCAUCGGAAUAACUCGCAAUCAGUGGUGUAUAGCGGUAUUUGUUGGACAAAAAGAGAUAUCUACAUACGUGUGUGAGUUCAGUGAACUUUUUUUUAUAAAAAUUUUUCAUUAUGGUUCGAGGAAGGCCAAGACAAUGUGACGAAUCAUCAUUCAUCUCAACUCUCGUUUCCUGGGCAGAUAAAGUAUAUACAAAUAAUACAGUAGUCUCGAAAUUCGAUCCUGUAUGGCAAGAUCUGGCUAAAGUGUUAAAAAAUAACUAUAAGCCAGAAUCCUUAUACGCAUUAGUAACCGAUAACCGUUGGAACGUUCUCGAUGAAAUAAAAAAAGAAUUAAAAGUACCUACUACUACAAAUUUAGCAGAUGAUCGCAGAGAGUCUAUCAACGAAUUAGAUUUCCAAGCUGAUAGUUCUAUAGAUAGUUCUAAAAGCAAUGAUGUGUAUAACCAACAUCUUAUCAAGUUUGACGCUUUAAUAACGAAUAGGGAAUUCGACGAAAUUACAGAGAUAGUAGAAUAUGCUCAAAACACAAGAGAAAGUAGACUGAGCAAAAGAAAAUAUCUAAAAUUUGUAAAAGGACUUUGGGAAGCUUUCUUCAACGAAAAAAUUUGGACCAACACUGAAAUCAAGUGCAAAUUUCACUAUAAAAAUCAUCAUUUAUCAUUAAAUGGGACGUCAGGAAAUUUUAACGGUAAGUUCGUUACUAUGCAUGAGACGUGUAAGCAUUGGGAUAGAUUAAGCAUACUAGCGUAACGACGUUAAAGCUUUUGUUUAUCACGUUACUUUUUUCUUUAUUCUUAUGUAUAAUAGUUCUUUAAUUAUAUUAAUGAUUUUUUAAAUGUUCUUUAAUAAGCAAAACUUUAGAAAUAAACAAAAGCAAAACACCUUCUCAAGACCGCCUGUUAUCUUCGCAUCUACUUGAACACAAUUUCAUAUUUUCUUAGAAUGCCCGCUAAAUUUAUAUUUACUUACUCCUCUGAUGCGAUUAAAGCAAAUUGUAAAUUUGAUAUAUUUUUUCACACACAAUAAACGUCUCAAUUUUGUUAUUAACACAAUAUUCUUAAAAACAAAUGAUUACACUUAAUUAUUCAUACGUUUUUUCACAGAAAAAAUAUAACUUACGAUGCGCCUCUUUACUGUUCCGUACAGUAGUCAUGCAAUUCGUAUACAUUGUUUUAAAAAUCAAAAGCUUUUUUGUUAUUUUAAAAAAUCCACUUAUUCUUAUUAUACACUUCAUUUUUUAGCACAUUGUGAUUGCGGUUCGAAAGCUCAUUGCGACUUAUCAAGAUCGAAUGAAGAUUAUCUAGCUUCUUUCGUUAUUCACCCAGGAUCAGGAGAAAAUUGUGGCAAGGUUUAUUUGAGAGGAAAAGCAAGAGAAAAAGUUUGCCAAGAAAUUGAGGCCUGCGGUUCUGUAGAUGAGUAUAGAGCUUCAGUUGCUAAAAAAUACAUGAAAAUUGGUGGUUCGAAACCCCCGAUGCUGUAUAGCCAAAAUGUAUUGCAUGUAGCGAAAUCUGCAUUUAAAAAAUCCAAUUUUCUGCACGAAGAUCCAAUCACAUCGUUGGAUAUCAUGAAAAAUACGAAUCGUGCAAAUAGCAUUCACGAUAUUGGAAAAAAUCCAUUUAGUGUCGAAUUUUGGACAAAUGAACAAAUUAAUGCUUAUAAAAAGGUCGCUAAAAAGAGUAGUGUUAGCAUGUGCGUAGAUGCAACUGGCUUGAACUUAAAAUCCAUCAAAAGACCAUAUAGUAACAAAGAGUGUUCUAUAUUUUUAUACGUAAUAUGUAUCAACUCUGAAGGAUGCCAAUUUCUUGUUGCACAAAGAUUAGCGGAAAGACAUACGACAAGGGACAUUAUGAAUUUUUUAUAUAGUUUUCAUAAUUCUGGGACACCUCCGCCAGAUGAACUUGUUAGCGAUCAAGGCAGACCUAUCUUAAAUGCUGCUGUAUUAACGUAUUCCCGGUACACAAAUAUUGAAGAAUAUGCAGAGAAGAUGAAAGACGAAAAAGUGACUACACGUAUUCGAAUUGAUGUAGCUCACUUUGAAAAUAUUUAUAAAAAGUUGUUUAAAGAAGUGAACAGACGUGUAAAAUGCCUGUAUAUGGCUGCUAUUGGGAAACUUAUAAGGACAGAAAACCUUCGGGAAGCCGAAAAUAUUAUAACAUCGAUUUUUUUAAUGGCUAACUGUGAAACUGAAGGCAAAAAAGACAAUGGAAUGGAAACUGAAUGUUCACGACAAAAAAAUUGGUUAAUACACUUAGUAACAGGCUACGAAGAAGAUGAGCACACAGUAUCUCUGGAUGCAAGUAACAAACCUUUCUAUGAAGAUUCAACUGAAGAGGUUCAUAGCAAACUCAAUUAUUGGGGCAAGUGGGGUCAAAAAUUAUUAGAUAAGGUAUCGCCAUUUUUUAAAGAAGAGGGUUCAGAUGUAAAUGCCUAUCACCUGCACAAUGUUGAUAUAACAAAGCAACUACUAAAAGAUUUGCAGUUAAUUCCUAUAUGGGGUAAUAUUCUUAAUGAAAAAUUUACAUUCGGACGAAAUCCGGCUUCAAGUGCUUGCGUAGAAGGGGAAAUCAAUAAAGUCAAACUUAGGAUGAAAAAACAUAAGCAUCCAAUCAGAGUUGAUGAAUACGUUGACGAAUCACUGCAAUAUUUAGAGGGAAGAAUGCUGAUCGCCAACUCUGAUUUGGAUGCAAAUGAAAAAAAUAGUUUGCAAAAUGACGACAUGGUUUGCGACGUAUGUAAAAACUUAAUUUCGUUUGAAGAUGCGAGUACUUGUACGAUAUGUAUGAAUCCUGUUCAUAAAAAUGUCUGCUCUGAAAAAAGUCGAACCCAAAAUAUUUGUUCACAAUGUGCAAACACUAAUUAUGUAAAAAAAAAUACGACCUUAAACGAAUUAGAAAACUGGAGGGGCAAAGGAGAAGCUCGUUCUAAAAAGCAGCGUCAAAUCGCUGGCAGUAAGAGCACAACACAAAAUAAGCAGUGCAUCGCUUGCAAAGAUGGGAACUUUCCAACUGGUGCACAUAAAUGCAUCAGAUGCAAAAAAAAUGUACACAUAUUGGAUGGAUGUUCUAUUUCAAUAAAUAACCAAGAUGAAGGUUAUGGUGAACAAAGGCUAUGUAUUGAUUGUGCAAAUAUUGAUAACCGUAAUAAUAAUUUUGACAAUGAAGACACUUCAAUUAAUAGUCAUAAUAUUGAUCAUACGUCUACUAAUAGUGAUUGCAAUCCUCCUUCAAAUGACCAGAGCGACGAUUUUAAUGAACCUCAGAUAUUAACUUCGAAUACAAAAACAACACGUACUUCAAAGAAUAGCCGAAAUGUGAUGAGAAAUAAAUACCGUCCAGCGGCAAAAUAUUUAGGAGAUAGAACAGCUGACAUAAAGGAUUCAUUAGCUUGGGAUAAAAAUCGAUCUAUACCUGUAAUAAAAAAUGGUAAUGACACUUCACUUGCUCCUGUUCAGUUAAAAGGAAAAACAGUUACUUUAAGAAAUACAUGCGCUUUUGAUAGCAUUUUAUAUUUAGUUUUUGCAGCUGCAACUGAUUUUCCGCAUUUAAAGUUAAAGAUGGUGGAAUAUGAUAGCCAUUUUUUUAAUAUGGUGUUGGAUACUAUAGAAAAAGGUCUUAGAACACACACAUAUACAUUGAGGGUACAAGUUUUGUCAGAUAUAUUUUCAUUAAAACAAUCAAAACUCACAGACAGUAUGUACACAAUUGAUGCGUAUACCCAUCCUGGCUGGCUUGCUCAACAGUUAUUUAAAAUAUGUCCAAGUUUCAAGGAACAGUCUACAUGCAUCUACUGCAAGCAUGUAGUAGACAAAAAUUUAACAGGCCUGCAAAUUCAAGAUGUUAUGAUUUUGGAUAGAACAUUUUGUGAAGAUUAUAAUCUUAAUGAAAUGUUUGCAAAAUCCAAAUCCAUAUGUUAUAAAUGUGAGAGACACGACAGCGUUGAGCAUAGACUUGUUGAAACGGGCGAUGUCAUCAUACUUCAAGUAUUUAAUUGUGAGGAAAAGAACAUAACUAUAAGAUUGGAUCAAAUACCAAAAAUAUUGAAAGAUCCACUAGAUGCCUCUAAUCAAUAUUUAUUAGUUGGCAUCGUAAAUUACAUUGGUCCAGAAGGCUUUCAAACCCGAAGACACUCAUGGGAAAAUGAAAGUCAAACUGGACACUAUACAGCUUUCACGUACAGAAGAGGAAAUACGGGAUGGAUGGAAUUUGACGACCUACAACGUCAAAGCUCAAACAAAUCUUUGAAAUACAAAGCUUUGCCAAGAGUAUUAAUGUAUGUUAAAUGCGUUAAAUAAUAAAAUAAAACUCAAAUCAUACAUACUACAUUUUAUUUCUUUCUCAUCUGUUUUCUCUUAUAAAAAUGGUAAAUUUAAAAAUCAAAAGACCCGACUGCUUGGACUUACCUGUCACUUUAAAUAAAAACUGAAAAGAAAACAACUCCAGUAGUCUAUAAUUCUGUUAAGUAAGGAACAAAGCUACUUUAACGGUCGGGACCCGUUAGAUAUUCAAGAUUGGAUAAUUUUUUCAAUAAUGGGACGAUAAACGAAGUACUUAUAAUAAAGUUUUAUUUUAAGUACUUCGUUUAGGUUUAGAUACUGCGAGUAGCCCAUUUUUUUCUUUU